UUAACAGUUCUAUCAAUCUCUGUAUUUGUAGGUUCUGCUUUAGCCAUUGUAGGGGCCUGUCUGCUGGUCACCUUUUCCCAGAAGAAGGAACGCAUUCUCAACGGAGACGAGAUAACACAGUCCAUUACUGAAGUGUCUUUUAUUGUGUAUAUAUGUAUAGAAGUGGCAGCCCUAGCUGUUGUUUGUGUAUUGCUGUACAGAUUCCAUAUUGUCCAUGUAGUUAUUUACCUGUUAAUUACGUCCAUCACAGCCUCUUUCACAGUGAUCUCUGCCAAAGCCGUCUCCAGUAUGUUGCAUCUGUCUUUGAACGGUUUCUCGCAGUUCCACAAUGCCAUCUUCUACAUCAUGUUGCUUCUCAUGGUCAUCACCAUCAUCUUACAGAUCAAGUAUUUAAACCUUGCAAUGAAGCAUUUCAAUGCCACCAUUGUUGUGCCAACCAAUUUUGUAUUCUUCACAAUAAGCGCCAUUUUAGCUGGUACAAUAUUCUAUAAAGAAUUUUUUGGUAUGAACACUUUGGAUAUCUGUAUGUUCCUGUUUGGAUGUCUUCUGUCGUUCAUUGGUGUCUACUUUGUUACUGGAAACCGAUUGACACCAAACUCUGAUGAUGCACAACCUUUGUCUGACGCAGAAGAGAAACCGGUUAAUACCGAUGUACCACCCUGGUUGAGCAGCAAUAUGCAAGAGUCUCCAGUUCAGCCCAAGGGUGAAAGCAAUCACCAUUUAUCCGAUGCGGACCGCAACUCCGGCCAUGAGAUGUCUUCUUCAUCGACUUCCGAUUCCUUCAAUUCCCAGGACACUCUCUUCGAGAAACACACAAAAACAGCCGCGCCACACUAUGGCACCAAUUACUGAUCUGCAAAUGGCAGGACAGAGGGGUUCUUGGGUGGGUAAAUGGCAGCAGGGUGAGGUCCUUAAUUACGACCCCUGCCCACUGUUCUGGUGGGCUUUCAGAUUUUUUUACAUAGUUGGUCUGUGACUAAUACAUCUUGUUUCUUUCUUUCUCUCAACCGUCCCAUUUCUUUCUCUCUCUCUGUCUCUCUCUCUGUCUCUCUCUCUUUCACUGCAUACAUACGCACACAUUUAAAUACAUUUUUCUUACUUCACACACACACACACACACACACACACACACACACACACACACACACACUCUCUCUCUCUGUGUCUUUGUUGACAUACACACACACACACAAUUUCAUAUAGAUUUAAAUAAAGUUAUAGUUGUAUAUUUGUGUGUGUGUGAGAAAUAUAAAUGUAUGUAUGAGUAUAUAUAUAUAUAUAUAUAUACAUAUGUGUGUGUGUGUGGGUGUAUAAACACAUAUAUGUAUGUAUAUAUAUGUGUAUAUCUGGAUUGCUAUCAAUUAUUAUAAUAAUUAUAUACAUACUUCUAAUGCAUGGUGGGGCAUUUUGCCAAUCACUUA